UUCGAUUUCGUUGCUUUUUACAACCAGGAAGCCUGCAGAGCCAUGGCGGGCAAGAGGACACAUGAAAGAGAUCCAAUCUACAAGAUCAAGGGUUUGGCCAAGAAUGUGUUGGAUGGGGUUUUUGAUGACUUGGUGGAGAAGAAUGUGUUAAAUGGAGAUGAGUUGCUCAGAAUAGGGGAAGGUGCACGCUUCCUUCUGAACAACGCUGAGAACCUGGCUGAGAAUAUCUUUGAGAAAACAGAAAUGGUAGGCAAAAUAUUUGCAGGCCACAUUGUCAACUCCAGGAAGCAGCUGAGACUAAAUAUAUCCAGUGAUGGAGAAGGAAGGCCGAACACGCUUGGCCUCAUCAUCUGCAACAAAAAGUUUGACUACCUCUUUGAUCGAGAUGAUGCUGAGGUUGAUAUUUUGAACAUGCAAGAGCUACUUCAAAACCUUGGAUAUUCAGUGGUGCUAAAGGAAAACCUUACAGCUCAGGAAAUGGAGACAGAACUAAGGCAGUUUGCUGGCCGUCCGGAGCACCAGACCUCUGACAGCACAUUCCUGGUGUUCAUGUCCCAUGGCAUCCUGGAAGGAAUCUGUGGGGUGAAGCACAGAAACAGAGAACCAGAUGUUCUUCAUGACGACACCAUCUUCACAAUUUUCAACAACUCUAACUGCAGGAGUCUGAGAAACAAACCCAAGAUCCUCAUCAUGCAGGCCUGCAGGGGCAGACAUAAUGGAAUUGUUUGGGUAUCCACGAGGAAAGGGAUAGCCACUGCUGAUACAGAUGAGGAGUGUGUGCUGAGUUGUAAAUGGAACAGGAACAUAACAAAGGCACACGUGGAGAAAGACUUCAUUGCUUUCAAAUCUUCUACCCCACAUAAUAUUUCUUGGAAGGUGGGCAAAAAUGGCUCUCUCUUCAUCUCCAAACUCAUCGACUGCUUCAAGAAGUAUUGUUGGCGUUAUCAUUUGGAGGAAAUUUUUCGAAAAGUUCAACAUUCAUUUGAGGACCCAGGUGAACUCACCCAGAUGCCCACCAUUGAGAGAGUAUCCAUGACACGGUAUUUCUACCUCUUCCCUGGGAAUUAACACAGGUGACACACAUGCAGUUCCCAACCAAGUAUUGCUGUGGGUGAGAAGAAAAGAAAAUACAAAGACUUCUGGAUUCUUAAAUACAUAAAAACUUUAAAUUAGAUGUUUUUAUAGAAUAUCAUAAAUCUAGAUAAUUUUCCACAGGAUUUUCUUGAGAGGGGGACAUGAAAACUCUAGACUAGUGUCUUCUUUCCAAAUCUUACACCUUUUACUUCAUUUUAUUAAAUUUCACAUUCACAAUCUCUAUAAAAUCAGUGAAAGAUGAACAAAUCAAAGAGCACCUGGACAUGACCUUUUGGUAGUGUAGGAACCACUUACACUUAUAAACUAAUAAUUGGAAUUUACUCACAGAGCAGAUCUUAUCUACAAUAGAGUUGAGAAACAAAGUGUCUUCUACACACAGGAAAGCUAAGAGUCAUAGUCCAAUAGAAACAAGAUGAGGGAGAAUGACCUCCACUGCUUACCUCUGUCAUACAUGGUUUCCAUGUCUAGUGGCUGCCUAGCAUUCCUUUUAAUUGGUUUGUUAGGAUAUGCUUUACAAAUUUAAGUUAUGUAUAAAUUUGUUUUCUUAAGUAUUUUUGUAAUAAAAAUGUCCUCAUACACAUACAUUUGAAUUUCCGUCUGUAGUAUUAUUGGGAAAAACUUUCAAAACAGAAAUUAUAGGAUUAA